UUGAGUUGUUUUCACGUCCUCCUAGUCAUGUGGUGGAAUUCAAUUGUCUUCAUUCUUGUGGCUCUUCGUUCCUCCAAUUCGAUUGAAGGUUCUGAACUUAACAUGGCUCUCCUGGACGAGAUGGAGAGGAACCCGUUGUCAAAGAAUCCGUUUUUCGCCACCAUCAUGGGUGGUCAAUUCACGGAUAAUGGCCAAGAAGGUAUUGAACCAGCUUCGAGUGGAUAUUUUUGCAAGAUGCUUGGCAAUUUGGAGUGUUCUGACUUCUCGAUGCAAUGUGAAGGUCGUGGAGUCAUUGACUGCACUGGCCAAUGUCCUGGAGAUUUAUCUGUUCUGGAGGAUAUGUUCCAAAAACUGGAGAGUGCUGAAUUCAUGGCAGAUUAUCCUCUAAUGGCAGAAAUGAUGAACAAGUCGCGGCAAAAUCAGGACAAAGAUUCUGGCAGUGCUCUCAAGGAUGUCCUUGUUAGUUGCGGUUUCACCAAAUAUCUGGCUUUACUCGCUUUAAAAGAUGGACCUGCGUUUGGGGAGGCUACUAACAGUUCAGUAGCCGCUGUCGAUGAAGAGGCUGUUUCCGGGUUUGGGGACUACAGUUAUGAAGAUUAUGAAGAUGAGCCAGAGAAAUCGGAUUACGAGAGUCUUCAUACCAACGAGGAUCCUGAAGUUGAACCUGAGGCUGAAGCUGAGGGCGAAGCCAAAGCCGAAACCGAAGCCGAAACCGAAACCGAUUUUGGAGAUACCCUAAAUUUGGAAGAUGAAGAAACCAUCCAAUCCAGUCGACAAUUGCAGGAUCAAUUAUUUGUGGAGGAGGACGGAUCGCUUCCAAUGUCAUCCAGAACUGUGACAGGGAACGAGAUAUCGAAUCGUAACUCGCCCAAAAGACGCUCAGACGUGUUGGAAGUGGAUGAAGCGGGUGGAAAAACACGAUCCCGGCUUGGUCGGAUGACUCCGCAAACCAGAUUAUCUCGACAUCGAAAAAAAGAUACCGAUGAGGAUUUUAGCGGAACAUUGAAAGAAAUGGAAACUUUGGAGAAAGAGCUUCACGAAUUUCGUGGUCUCUUGAAGAUAGCAUUAGACGAUAUGGUGUCCCCAAACAGAGGACGGGUCAAAAGACAUUUAAAAUAUGAAAACACUCUCCAAGAGAUGAGACAAAUCUUGACUGGAAUUGAUUCUCAAGUCCGUCGUUACACCCGAUCACUCAUGGAGAACGAUACUGAAAGAGCCGAACCUGAAGGCGGAGCCAACCAAUGCAUUGUGAGGAACCUCACGUGCGUCCGUUUCCCGACCAUCCAAGAAUGCUCAGGCAUUGGUGUGGGUGGAUGCGUCACUCGAUCCCAAGCCUUGGCCAUCUUAUUUGCUCCCAGGGUGAUAAUCGUGAUCGUGGCAGUCAUCUUGGUCCUCAUUGUCGCCAUUGGUGGAGUUGCCUACUAUCUGUACAAAAGAAAGCGAAUGAAUUUGGUGGAACCUAUCGAAAUCAAUGGCAACACUCGACCAGAAGGAAUGAAUCACCAUUCUACGGACGUGAAGCACAAACUAGUGAAACAAGUUCCAUUCAAUCACGGCAAUGCCGGCGACGUCAACCAUGAGCCAGAUCAAGAGCGCAAUAUUCAAACCCAUGCUUGA